UUUUGGCGCAGCUAAUCUGACGUAGUUAUGUGUCUGGGUGAGCCGAAUGCAUGUGUACCAGCAGCUCAGCCUACAUAGGGGAGGUAACGAGUGAAAGGUAUCAGACAAACAACUAUUAGUGUUGGAGGUCAGAAGAAAGACAGUCGGUGCAAAUGCACGCUUCGAAAAAGUCCAUAUCAGGGUUAUUUGGCUUUAAACGAGUUGGCAUAGAAGUUUAUAGGGAUAGAUGAUAUAUUUUCUAAGACUAGAAAUGGAAAACAGUAUGACAUAGUGACAAGAUCGGAUACAUUUUGCUGGCUGAUUUUGGCCCUCAUUAAGCUAUCGCACACAUUUCAUUUUGAGUGUGGCUUGGGAGUUGUCGCUAUAUCUAAUCAACAAUAUUAAUUCGUCUGGGGAACUGUAAUAUGAAAAAAGAGGUGUCUGACACAUUAGGUUUUGUCCCUCAAAAAGACAUUGUUUACAACAAACUUCUGCCUUAUGCAGACAAAUUAGAUGGAGAGUCAAACGAGUUUCUCGCCAGAAUCAAGGAAAACUUGGGACGAGCUGUUUAUCUUAGGGAAAUAUGGCCGGGUGUAUUGUUUUGGACAAGAAAACUUUCUACAUACCUCCGGCUGUACGGCAGGAAGUUCAGCAAAGAGGACCAUGUGCUCUUCAUCAAGCUGCUGUACGAGCUGGUCACCAUCCCCAGGCUGGAGAUCAGCAUGAUGCAGGGGUUCGCCCGCCUCCUCAUCAACCUGCUCAAGAAGAAAGACCUGCUCUCAAGAGAGGAUUUGGAGUUGCCGUGGCAACCUUUGUACGAGCUUCAUGAGAGGAUCCUCUAUUCCAAAACGGAACACCUGGGCCUUAACUGGUUCCCCAGUUCUCUGCGGCCACGUUCUACCUCUAGACAUAUAUUGGUUAAGCUUGCCCAGAGGUGUUCUGUGGAUGCUCUGCUGAAAGCCCUG